CCUAAGUAAACGUUUGAUCAGAGGCCCGAGCUUCCAACAUUAGUUACACGCUGCAAGCAAGUUAAGCAUCCAAUCUGUUUGUCAACACUGGAGAAGUGUGCGGGCCAACGUGAACUGGUCCACCAAAAAGUGGCAGAUAAUUCUUGUGAUGCUAUGAGACAAGGCUGAAAGGACGACACCUCAUUGGCAACCACCCGGGAAUCCUUUAUAAAAACAACACUUUCAUUCCAGUCGCUCGCCGCUCCUCACGCCCCCGAGCAUCCCUUGCAUCCCUUGCAUCGCACCACCAAGCAUCAACCACCAAACACCAAGCUCUCUCUCAGCGAUGGCCCUCGCCAGGUCUGCCAGUGGCCCUGGCGGCUUGAGUAUCAACACGUCUUCCGCCAACAAUCUCUUUGGUGCACCCUCGACCAGUGCAGCACCUGCCGGCGGUGGGCUGUUCGCCAACGCAUCGCAACCCCAGACCACACAGCCUGCGACCGCAUCAGGUCUCUUCGGAACCGCCUCAAACACCACGCCAGCUCCUAGUACCGGUGGUCUAUUUGGGUCCACCGCCGCGACUGCCACAACCCAGCCCGCACAGCCACCCGGGGCAUCGAGCGGCGGUCUCUUCGGAUCCAACACAGCACAAACACAGCCGACGAUGGGGUCAGCUCUGUUUGGUGGUCAGACGAACAGCACGAACCAAGCUGCCCAACCAGCGCCUGGCGGUGGUCUGUUCGGCAACACCAGUACUACAAAUCAACCCGGGCAGCAGCCUGCGACCGGACAAGGCCUGUUUGGCAACGCCAACACCAACAAUGCUCAACCACAACAGCAACAGCAACAGCAGCAGACCGGAGGCCUCUUCGGAAACACCCAGCCCACCCAGGGCAGCUCCCUCUUCGCAUCUUCCCUCCUUGGUGGAGGAAACCAGCAACAACAGCAACAGCAACAGCCUACCGGCCUAGGUGCCUCCCUAGGCCAGUCGACAAACCAACAGACCGUCCCCGGUGUGCGAAUUGACCUGUCCAAUGUUCGCGGUACCACCCGGUUUAAUGACCUCCAGGAGGAUUUGCAGAAGAAGAUCAUUUGGAUUGACGAUCAAAUACAAUCAUACAUGAACCAGAAGAACGAGCUUGACGCCUUCAUGCCCGGCCAUGGCGAGAUGCUUUCCCAUGUCCCCAACGAUGUCAAAUUUGUCCAAAUGAAAUACGACGGGGUCCAAAGUGCUUUGCGGUCCGACGCCGAGGCCAUCGAGUCCGUCCAGAAUUUACACGCCCAAGACGUCGAGCACGCCAAACUGAGUUUCAGAGCCAUUGACAACCUCAAGCUCCCUCAACAAUAUCACAACACUGGUCUCUGGUCGUCCAGGUCACAGACAGGCUCUAGCGCCAAUACCGAGUCUGAUGGCCAAGAUCUUGUCAGCUUCUUCUCCAAGACUAGUGAUGAGAUGGACGAGCAGUUGAAGAGAUAUGAAAAGAACCUCACGGAAAUUGAGAUGCACAUGCACGGUAUCCAGGGCAGUCUGAUCGAGCAGCUACAACGAAUGAUGGCCACCAAGAAUGGCGGGCCUUCUCCUGCUGACGAGAAGCUCGCUGACUUGGCUGCCGUUCUACGAGACUUCGAACAAGGUAUUCUCCAAGUCGCCACGAGUGUUGGCGGGGCGCGUGAAGGCAUGACUCGCCUUCAGUUGGGAGAGUUCAUCCAAAAUGACCACUCGAGAAGCGGCGUAUAUUGAUGAAACUGUGUACAUAGUCUUGAGCUGGAUUCGGUUUUGGUUAUCACAUAAUCUGGCGUUGAUACCCGGCAGGAAAAAUAAGACGGCAAUCAUUACAGGCGUUGGGGAACAUGCUCCUGUGCAUCAAAGCGCAGG